CUCUUGUCUGGGUUUUUUCAACCUUCUGCCUCCUUUACAUAAAUACGCCGACAGCAUGCGGAGUUUAUGCAGACACGCUGAACACAGAAGAGCAUCUCACCUCAUCUGCUGUCCUCAUCGGAUCAUCACGUCCACUUGUUCCAAGAUGCAUGCGUUGUUCCUGAUGGUCCUCUGUGCUGGACUGUGGCCCGUCGGCUCCAGCAGUAUAGAAUACAGUAUAGAAGCUCUGAUGGAUAAUGUUCUGGCCCUGAAGGUGCGUCACGGUGUGGCCACCAAAGCGUCGGUUCCUCUGAGCUGUGGAGAAGCUUAUGAAAACCAGCGUGUGCUUUGGAAGAAAAACGGCGAGUGGAUCAAUCCACCUCUGGAGGGGAACCAGGUCCAGGUCGAAGUGAAAGAGAUGGAUGGAGGAAACUACACUUGUCACCUCGGUCCAGACGGAGAUUACCUGAAUCACACUGUGAUCCUGGUCCAACUAGAAUCAGGCCACAAGAUUGGACAAGACAUACUGACAGAACAAUCAGACAUCGGUCACAUUCACUGUUCAGCAUAUAACUACAGCUCCUUCCACUGCACCUGGAAGAGAUCCAAGCUGAGAGAAAGCGCUUCUGUGCUCCUCGUAAGGGCAGAACGUCAAUCCAGUUAUUCGGAAAUAUCCUGUGAGCUGGAUGCUGAUGGAUCAGGGAUCCACUGCCAGGACGCCAGCUGCCCACACAAAGAGGAGCAGCACCGCAUCCGCCUCAUCGUCUACAUUUACAUUGGUUAUUAUCUCGAGGUCUACACUAGGUUGUUCUACCUGAGAGAUAUUGUGAGGCCGGAUGCACUCCCCAACCUGCGCGGUAAUAAGAAGGAGUUCAGCUGGAGCCACCCCGACUCCUGGGAGAAGCCGUGCACCUACUUUGCCCUGCAGUUCCAGGUCAAGGUGGUCAAAAAAGGAUUGUCCUGUGACAGUACGGAGCACAUAAUGUUAGAAGAGACUCCGGAAACAAAGUAUGAGCUCAACAUUAAAACCAAGAAGUAUACAUUCUGUGUGCGAGCUCAGGACAAACACACCCAGGGGCCGUUUAGCCCAUGGAGCUUUUGCACCAGAGCAAAUCCAAAAAGCCAAGAAUGUGUCCCGACAUAAAGGACGGAAAAGCACAAGUGUGCAAGACAUUUUGCAAUCCACAAAAACUACUGAAAUGUACAGUAUUUAUUGAUCUCUAAAGAGUAUCUUGUUAAAAUGAUUAUUUUCAAUCUUAUUAAAUAGAAUUGUUGCUAAAAUGUUUAUUAAAAAUGUCCCAAUAAAUAAACUAAAAUAUUGA